CAUGGAGAAGCUACACACACAGCAGCCAGUCAGGAUGUCAGCAGCAUCAUCAGUGUCCCUACAGUGAGGAUUACACAGUGGAAGUCUCAAUGGCUGCGUUCGCUGCUCGUUUUCUGCCUCCAGCUUGAACUUCGACCAUCUAUACUGAAGACGAGCUUGAGCAAAUUCAAUUUUUCCUUGCAGCUGGAUUAUUUCUAUGUCAAACAUCAUCUUUUCUACAAACUUUUCUACAGAAUGAAGCAUCAAGACCAAACAACUGUGGGAUCUUUCAAACUUGUAAUGCUUUGACGAAGGUUGUGUGAUGGAGUGCAGAUGGACGGACAAAAACACAUGACACUCAUCUAACACCAAGUGUCAGCCUGGUUCCUGGCUGACUGAUCUGUGCCUGACAUGCAGACCUUCUACCAGCCCGCGGGUCUCUACCUGGACCCCGGCCUGAUUCAGCGGCGCGUCCUGGAGGAUCAAGUGGAGCUGUGGUGGUUCAGAGAGCCCCGCCGCUCCCUGCUGUGCUACUGCGCCUCCGUGGCCCUCAUAGUGGGGCUGGGCCUGGGCGGCGUGGGCCUCCUCUCCACGACGACCAGCCUGUCCGGGGAGUGGCGCCUCGGGGUGGGCACCACCCUCUGCCUCUUAGCCCUGGCCGUCCUGCUCAAGCAGCUCCUCAGCUCUGCCAUCCAGGACAUGAACUGCGUGCGCAGCUGGCGUCGGAUCGACCAGCUGAAGAGCGGCGGCAGGGCCGACCCGGCGCUCAUGUUGGCCGUGGGGCUGGCGGUGAUGCUCUGCGGGGCGGUUCUUCUCUGCGUGGCCACGGUCGGCAGCCGAGGUCACGACAGCAACGAGAUGUUGGUGUCCGGCCUGGUGCUGAUGGCUGCCGGGGCGGGCAUGGCUCUGGCUGUAGCCGGCUACGGCCUCCUCAUCUUCCUCAAGAGAAGAAGAGAGCAGAGAAGGAGGAUGAUGAUGAGGAUGAGCAGAGUGAGGAGGCUCGGGGGGCGAACUGUCAGGGUGUUCAGUGUCUCGGGAGGACAGAUGAGUCAGGCCAGGAGAGAGACGUUCUCCAGCAGGACCAGCCUGAUCUAAAUGAGAAAAAAAAACUCAGAGAAAAAGAUACUUUUAACCCAUAAGAACCCGUGGUGACACCUGUGUAACAAACACUUUCAAUCUUCUAGAAUCUCCCAUAUUCAGCUUUAUGCUUCACCUUAACUCAUUACAUCCCUAAGUGACACACACUGCAAAAAAAGAAAAGUCGGGUGGACUCAAAAUUUCAAGGCAACAAACUUCCAUAAAAUUUUAAGUUGGACAUUUAAACUAAAUAUUUUAAGUUAGUACAACUGUAAGUUAUAAUUUUACAUUGUAAUAACUUUUAAUCCUUACUUCUGCUAACUUCUGCAAUGAGCUGAAUUGGCACGAUUGUAACGGCGCUAUGAAAUGUCAGCUAAUGUUGCGACCACAAUUUUGAGUUAGCUUUGAUAUGCUAACGGCUACUCUUGUAGCUGUAGCAAGCAGCGUGGCUACCAUCAGUUAGCCGCUAGCAUUAGUUAGCCGCUAGCAUCAGUUAGCCACUAGCAUCAGUUAGCCGCUAGCAUUAGUUAGCUGCUAGCUUUCGCGAAUGACCGAAAACCUGUUUGUGUUUAAAUGUUGAAAAUGAAUAGGUUGCCUUCUCCAACAAAGACGUACAACACUGCACAACACAGCUCAGAAUAAAAUUCACGUAUCAUUUUAAUUAAUUUAAUUAAGGGUUGUGGACUCAAGCUAAGGGAGCAGAGCCACAAUGAGACUUCAAGUGCAUUGCCAACUUGGAAAGUUGGCUUUCAGCAUUUCACAACAAAGAAAUAAGAGUUAGCAGAACUAUUGUCCCUUGUUGUGAACCCCAACUUAAAGAUAUAAGUAACAACAACUCACAAACUUGUUUUUGAGCAGACAACUGGCUUCCUUUGUUGUGCUAACUUACUUUAUUGCCCUAAAUGUCAAUAAUUUAUAUUUCCAAGUUUUAUCAACUUAAAUCACUGUUUUAGGCCAAAAAAUACAUAUUGGCUUUUUUGUAGUGUGUGACAGUCAUGUGACUUUGACACUUAUUUAUAUACAGUCUAUGCUUUGACAAGAAGUGAAAAAUGUGGCUGUGACUGGCAACAAAAAUGUGAAAAAGUAGCUUAUUUCAAAAAGCUUAUUUUCUGUUAUGAGGCUAAGUUUAAACCCAUUUAACAAUUCUAAUCCAUUAAUAGGGAACUGAACAAAUUAAAGUCAUAAUUUUGAUAUGGAGAUGCAAACAAAAAGGCAAAUGGUUAUUUGUUUUUUAUUUAUUAUUGAUUUAUUAUUAUUUUGUUACUUAAAAACAAAUCUGAAAAAUAAUUUGUUGUUGAUGCAAAGAAAAAGGCAAAUGUGUGUUUCUGUGAGCAGAAAAUGUGUCUAGUUGGUUUUUAAAAAAAAAAAAGAAAUCCCAUAAUGUAUCAUAUAUGUCACAUCACAGAUCUUUGACAUUUUUUUUUUAAAAACAUCAUAAAUGUGUUCUAUGUGGUCCACUUGGUCUGUUGCGUAACCCCAUAAUUUUCCUUUAAGGAUUACUGGGUCUGGGUUCUUAUGGGUUAAAAAAAUGUCUCAAAGACGUACAAAAAGAAGAACGAAGUGGCACAUCAGAAGCCUUAGUCUUGGCAUUCACUGCUGUUUCUUUCAGGUCUUUUUUGUUUCCCUUUGCACACAUACAUGAAUGCAUCCAAAUAGUUUAUCUGAUUACAACAUUUUUGAUACAUCUGAGCAAUUAUGGUUGAGAAUAAAGAGUUUAUUCUGUUCACAAAAAAUAUAUUCUCUGUGUUAAUUAUGCUUCUUUUCUCUACUUCUGACUUAAAAAUCAAGGUUGGGUUGAUGAAAUACUUUUCCUUUCAUGCUCAGAUGCCUGCCUCCCACUUACAAUCUGGCAUUUUCUCCACAACAAAGAUAAUCAAAUGUGAAGAUGUUU